AUGGCUAGCGACCUGCGGAGGGUGUCCGCGCUGCAGACGGAGUUCGGCGCGUUCACGUCUCUCAAGACGCUCAGCCGUCCCCGGGGUCGCGCGUGCUGGAACACGAUGAGGGAGGGGCUGGUCACCCUCGAGGAGUACCUUCAUGGAGACAACGAGACAAGGGGAAAGAAGACCGCUGCUGCCGCGCCUGCUUCCCGCGGCGCCAAGAAGGGUGGCGGGCCCGGUGGAAGUAGCAGCGCUCGCAAGGCGACGGCUAGCGCUCUCCCACGUUUGUUGCACAGGGCGCGGCGUCUGUCAGAGCUGCUGGGCGUGGCCUGGACCAGCGUGGUGAGCCACCUUGCCAACGAGGCGGCGACCAGGGGAAAGGUACCCGAGGCGGUGGGGCUGUGCCACAUGCUGUUCCGCGACCAGGCCACCACGGACGAGAGGGCCGCCGCACUCGCCCUCAGGGAUACCGCCAAGGCGCUGUCCACUUUCGUGGCCAACCAGGCUCACAUGGGUGCUCUGCGGGCGGAUGAUCUUGAGGGAGAGAGGGCUCGGACGGCCGUCCUGCAGGCCAUGGCCCAGUCGGUGAGGGGUUUGAGGCAGAGCGCCGCCCUCUGCGCGUCGGAGGAGCUGCCCCUCACGGUCGACCUGCUGCAGGCCUCGGAGACCGUCGCCGCCGUGCUGUGCAGGUGUGAGGGGGGCGACAAGCUGGAGGCCCUCAUGGCGGCAGACCUGUCCCCGUCGUCGUUGGGUGCAUCCAAGUCUCGAUCUUCCGUCGCCGAAGGUCCCGGUAACAAGAUCGGCGGAAGCCGGGGGGGCGCCCCGGGCGCCUUAUCUCUGUCACGGUCGGAGGAGGAGGAGAUGGAGGAGUGGGGGGGUUAUCACGCUCUGGGGGGGCUCUACAAGGUGCGCGCUUGGAGAACCAGGACGUUCCGGCAUGGUGUGGCGUAUGGUGGGGAUGGGCGGGUUCUUCCACUGGAGGAGGCCCUGAAGCUGGUGUCCGUGUUCGUGAGGCAGGAGAUGAGGCUAAGGGUGGCGUUGGUCGGCGGGGACGCUGUCGCGGCGCCCCCGGUUUCCUUGGCAGGAGUUCCAUCUACCACCGAGGCGUCGUUGUCCUCGCGGUGGGAGGCGGGGCUGGAGAGCGCGGCGUCCCCCCUCCUGUCCUUCCUCCAGGGGAUGGGGGCCCAGCAUCUCUGCGUGAGGGUGGUCGCCGGCAUGAUGGCGCUGCCCCCUCCCUCAGCGGUGGAGGUGCUUGGCGACGCCUUCUCGGGCUUGGCGGACAAGGUGGGACGCAAACAUACGGGUACCAGGUUGCGCAUCCUGGCGGGAGUCGGCAUGUACGCGGCCCGCGCCUGGGACAACCACGACCUCCUGCACCAGUGCAUGGAGGUGGAGCGGGACUCGCACUGGUGGCAUGUGCUCACGAGUCUCGGCAUCACGUUCGACAACCGGGGCUUCUCGAGGGCGGACAGGUCGCAGGUGCCGGGGGAAUACCAGAAGUCGCUCGUGCCGGCUUUACUGGAGAGGUCGGGGUGCGACCUCGGCCUCGCCCUGGAGUUCUGCGAGCGCUACGGCGUGGGGGAGGCGUUCCCCUGCCUGCUCUACGUUGACAACCAGCUCGGGCUGCCGUGUGUUUCCCCGCAUGACGUGUCCUAUCAGGAGAGAAUCACGGAGGUGCUGCCGUCGGUGCACGGUGUGUUCUUGUCGAGGAUGCUAAGGCACAUGCUGGAAACCCCGGGGAUGAUCUGCGACCGGGACUACGAGCGCCUCGCCUUCGUGUACGGCACUCUCCUGUCAGACAAGUGCCAGAAAGUUGAACCCAUGAACGAGCAACGGACACGCAAAAUCUCUUCCGCCUCGAGGCUCUCGCCAUCCUCAAGGACUACACGAGCCCCUGGCCGCUCGAUGGCGAAGGGCGGCCGGUGGCGGCGAUUGCUGAAGGAGGCGAGGCGGGGACAAGGGGCGGGGGGCGUGGAGAGGUGGAUGUUCGAUCAUCCACGGCGCCCCCAACUACCGUCGGGAGUCCCGCGAGCGAGGCGAGUUUACGCGAGGAGGCUCCCGUUCAUGGCGCUCGUGAAGGAUCCCUGGGCUGUACUCGAGGUGCAACUGAAGCCAGAUUCGGUGUCCAAUCUCGUGCCCCUGGCAGACCCGCUGGGACUGGGCGUCGGGGAGUUCUACUCUCGCCUUGUGGCAGGCAUGCUCAACAAGGGGACGCCGCUCGGGGACGGGGACGGCGCCUCCCCCAACGGACCGGUGCCGACGUUCUCGGAUCUGCAGCCGUGGCUCGAGAAGAUCAAGAACCCCGCUCUGGCUUGCACCACGGCGCAGAGGGUGGCGGCGAGCAUGACGAGGGACGAGGAUCGUCUGGAAGCCCUGCAUGCAGCCAUCGGACACGCCAUCACCGCGGCCGGAUCGCUCGACGACGAGGAUCAGGGGCAGGACGAGCAGCAGCCCGAAAAUAGUCCCCGGUCUUUGUUGACGCUGCUGCCGCUGCCGUCGCUAGCCGCAGAGAGCACCGCCAACAACAAUCAGGACCCUACUACCAAAGCAGGCGGCAGGGGCGAAGUCGAAGAGGAGAUGGAGGAGGGAGGGGGAGAGGUGGAGGCCGAGGUCGUCGUAGACCGUCUCCAGCGGAGGGCGCUGCGGCUGGAGCACCUCAUGACGGCCAAGGCUUGCGUCGGGGCUGACAUGGCGGAGCGCCUGUCGCCGUUCCUGCUGUCCGGCUCAACGGAACUCCUAACGGAACUCCUCGUCGUUGCCGCAGAGGGCGCCGCCGACGCCGCUCUCGCUCUCCCCCCCACCUCCGGGGAAGGGUAUCAUCACCAUUCAGCGGCCACCGAGUGCAUGGCUGCGACGACGACAACGACGGGGAGUUACUUCAGCUCUACGGCGGCGGAGGCAUUCGCAGUAGCAGGCGUCGGGGGAGGAAACAUGUCAGACUUCCGUAGGCGGGCCACCGGCGCGCUCCAGGCGGCGAGGUCUGUGGCCGACCAGCGCGGCAUGGACCCCCACGAUGUCGAGACCAUCAUCUUCCGGCUGGCCAAGAACUGGAUCUGCCAGCAUAAGCUCGGCGGCGGGGCCGGUAGUACGAGCGGACAUGGCGGGGGCCCCGCCUCCGUGGCCGGGGAGAGAGACGCCGUGAUAUUUGUCGGCGCUGGGUUGGUCGGCGGUGGCGGCGGCGGCGGGGAUUCCGUGUUCGUCAAGGAUGCUCGCGAGGUGUGA